CUUGUCACCGCGCCACUUGCGAUUGUAGGUGCCGUCGGGAACGUCGUCAACAUCCGAACAUUUUUCUCCAUGGGGGUCUCCGAUGGCGUCAGCGUGUCGUUGGCGUGGCAGGCAGCCUCUGACCUUUUGUUCCUGGUGUCCGUCGUCAUCAGCUCUGCUGCGAUCGCCCUGCACGGUUUUGAGAAGAUCAGCGAGUACACGUUCUGGUGCCCCGUGGACCCGGAAGCCGUGAGCUUGGUGUUCAAUAACACCGGGAGUGGCUCCUACGCCAUUACAAUGCUCGUGACGACCUACGUCACGGGGGUCCGUUGUUUGAGUGUGGCCAGGCCGUUGCGGUUCCGAAACUUCCCAGCCUUGAAAAAAACGACACUCGUCUUGUCUGUGUUCACAAGUCUGUGUAUCGCGUCAGUGAUUGCGUUGUUAGUUUUCGUAGGCGUCUCACCAAAUUUCGACACGAAGCUCAACGCGACGAGACCGAUCCUGUGGAUAUCGCCCCAGCGAAAGGUCACCAAGGACAUUAUUUUCGGCCUGAGGGACGCAUUCUUGCCCUUCGUCUCUCAAAUCCUUGUUAGUUUAUGUGUCGUCGUCAUGGCGACUAGUCUCCGCGAGGCUUCCCACUUCCGUCAGAAAUAUUCAUCCCAAAUAGCAUUGAAGAACCGGACACCGAACACAUCGGCCCACACUUCAAUUGUGCGAGACCCGCUUCAGAAAAUGAAUACGGUCACGCUAGCAGCGGAACCGCAAACCGCGCGUGGGAAGUCAUCGACCAAACUAACCGGCAAAGAUCUACAAGUCGUCCGUCAGAUGCUCGUCAUCGCGUCCGUCUACUGGGUGUGCAACGUCCCCAAGACGGCAUUCAAUUUGACGACCAUCAUCUUCACAGACUUCAACAAGGGCGGCCGCUACGAGGCUUUGUACACGACGACGAAUUUUCUCAGACAACUGAUCCAGGUCUUCAACGCCGGCGUGGGCAUCUUCAUUUACUGGAACUUCAAUUCCAGGUUCAGG